CACCAUCAACAUCCACGCCGGGAGGCAGGGUCCUCCACCAAACCUAGACGAGAUUUCCAUACCACGAAGAACAACAACCUGGGCACAAGAUAAUAUAGAAAAAAAAACGACCACCACAACAAUGACCAGUCUCCCAGCCCUCACCACCACUCCAACCCGGCACCCGACAUCAUGCGCCUCCCUAUCCCUUCCACUCCUCUCCUUAUUGAACCGCGUUCUCCCUUCUUUCAACCCACCAAGCCCGACAGACUCACCAACACUCACCCUCUCCAUCGGCUCCGGCCCCGGCCUCCUCGAAGCCCUUUUUCUCCACCAUUAUCCCUCCCGCUCUUCAUCCUUCUAUGGAGUCGAAGUAGCCCCUCCUCUUUCCCAACUAAAAGAGGGAAAAGAAGUGAACACCUGGUUACCGGAACAGAACACCAUUACCGUCCCGGGGACUUGGGCGUUAGUAGGCAGGGAGUGGCUCGAGGAGACGGGGGGGCUGGUUUUUGUUUAUCCUAGGAGUGGAGGGUUGGUGGAGAGGUAUUUGGCUGAGAUGGAGGGGAUAGCAGCCGAACGGGGAAAGGGACUGGAGGUGGUGGUUUGGAUUGGACCGUGCUGUGAUGUGGAGGAGUAUAGGGCAGUGUUGGAGGGAUGGGGUGUGAUAGAGGACCUCACUGAAGAAGAAGAGGGGAGCGGGAAGUUGGUGGAGGAGGGGGAGGUAGUGUUGGUUUAUAGAAGCAGGAGGAGGGAGUGAAGGAGGGCUGCCCCGGGCAUGCAUGCAUGACACGAGCAUGAUGAAUUUGGGGAUCGAUAAGUAAAGAGAGCGUUAGCUGACUCUCUAUCUUGGUGUCAGAUAGAGCAUCAGCAAAUGCGACUGGAAGAGGAAGAAAAGGGGGGAAGAGAGAAAGAAGAAAAAAAAGCGGGUAAUGGUCCGUAACGGACUGGAACCGUUGUCUUCCUGCGGCACGUAUGCAGACGCAGAUUUACCACGCCGGAAAUGUUACCAUUACACCAACGGACCACACCACGGGAGAGCAAUCAGUUAAGGGAAACUCGAACACCCUAGACGGGUUUGACACAUUGGAUGACGCGGGGUAGGCGGGAGGAUCAGGUCGGAGGUAGGAACGGCAGGCAAACACGGAAGGUGCGGCAAGCGCGGCGGGCAAGAGUCGCACGAAGAAGAGGGUAGAGGCAACGACUGGGCUGGGUUGUGCUGCUUGAUGCCGGCCUAGAACCACAGGGGUAUUCAGAGGUCUGGGACAGAUCGAUGGUUACAAACCUCAACCCAACCAACAAUUCGAAAGAAAUCCGCAACACGUAGGGCAGUCACAG